AACCCCGUAGUGCCGCACAACAGCGCCAUUCGGUAACUGCAACUGUGUCCAAAAUGGCUGGAGCUGAUGGAGACGAUUCUCUCUACCCUAUUGCUGUUCUCAUCGACGAAUUGAGAAAUGAGGACGUCCAGCUGCGUCUCAACAGCAUCAAGAAGCUGUCCACUAUUGCACUAGCUCUCGGUGUGGAGAGGACUCGCACAGAGCUCCUUCCUUUCCUCACAGACACUAUCUAUGAUGAAGAUGAAGUGCUUUUGGCAUUGGCUGAGCAGCUUGGCAAUUUCACUAUGCUGGUGGGGGGACCAGAGUAUGUUCACUGCCUCUUGCCUCCUCUGGAGAGUCUUGCAACAGUGGAAGAAACGGUUGUCAGAGACAAAGCUGUGGAAUCCCUGCGAAAGAUCUCUCAGGAGCACUCUCCAGUUGACCUGGAGGUCCACUUUGAGCCUUUGGUGAAGCGGCUGGCCAGUGGUGACUGGUUCACCUCUCGCACUUCAGCUUGUGGCCUCUUCAGCGUGUGUUAUCCCCGGGUAUCCAGCACCGUCAAGGCUGAAAUUCGUCAGCAUUUUCGCACCUUGUGUUCAGAUGACACCCCAAUGGUGCGUCGAGCUGCUGCAUCUAAGUUGGGGGAGUUUGCCAAAGUCCUGGAGCCUGAAUAUGUAAAAAGUGACAUCAUUUCCCUCUUCACUGCUUUGGCUUCCGAUGAGCAGGACUCUGUGCGGUUGCUCGCAGUGGAGGCUUGUGUAAGCAUUGCUACUCUGCUGCCACAAGAGGACUUGGAGACAUUGGUGAUGCCAACCCUUCGCCAGGCUGCAGAAGACAAGUCUUGGAGAGUUCGCUACAUGGUGGCUGACAAGUUCUCAGAGCUCCAGAAAGCAGUUGGGUCUGAAAUCACCAAAAACGACCUGGUCCCUGCCUUCCAGAAUCUUCUUAAAGACUGUGAAGCUGAGGUCCGUGCUGCUGCGGCCAACAAAGUCAAAGAAUUCUGCGAGAACCUCCCAGAGGACAACCGUGAGCAAAUCAUCAUGACUCACAUUCUGCCCUGUGUCAAGGAACUUGUCUCAGACACCAACCAGCAUGUGAAGUCCGCUCUGGCCUCGGUCAUAAUGGGCCUUUCCACCAUACUGGGCAAGGACAACACAAUUGAGCACUUGCUGCCUCUCUUCCUGGCUCAGCUUAAAGAUGAGUGCCCUGAGGUGCGUCUGAAUAUCAUCUCCAAUCUGGACUGUGUGAAUGAGGUGAUCGGCAUACGGCAGCUGUCACAGUCACUGCUGCCCGCCAUUGUGGAGUUGGCUGAGGAUGCCAAGUGGCGGGUUCGUCUCGCCAUCAUAGAGUACAUGCCCUUGUUGGCGGGGCAACUGGGGGUGGAGUUCUUUGAUGAAAAGCUCAACACACUCUGCAUGGCCUGGCUAAUUGAUCAUGUGUAUGCCAUCCGUGAGGCGGCCACUUGUAACCUCAUGAAGCUUGUGGAGAAGUUUGGGGCAGAGUGGGCUCAGAACACCAUUGUGCCCAAAGUUCUUGGAAUGGCCAACGACCCCAAUUACCUCCACAGGAUGACCACUCUGUUCUGCAUCAAUGCUUUGUCAGAAGCAUGUGGUCAGGAGAUCACCACGAAGCAGAUGCUGCCCGUGGUCCUGAAGAUGUCCAACGACCAGGUGGCUAACGUCCGCUUCAAUGUGGCCAAGUCCCUGCAGAAGAUUGGCCCGGUCCUCGACAGCAAUGCUCUGCAAACAGAAGUGAAGCCGGUGCUGGAGAAGCUGGCCACUGACUCUGACAUGGAUGUCAAGUAUUUUGCCCAGGAGGCUAUUAGUGUUCUGGCCCUCGCAUAACCAUCCCAAAUCAACAGCUUAAAGCAGAGAUUUCAUGCAAACAAAAUUACACUUUUACAGGAUAUUUAUUGAUGUUCAGGAACAACUGGUGAUGUAUAGAAAAACUGUUAACAAUUGUUUUCUUUUUUUUUCUUUUUUUUACUGUUUAACGGUAGUCCAUGUUCAGGCAUUCUUUGCUGUAAAUGAGUGCUUUUAGACAGGUAGGGUGUGAUGACAUUGAGUUAAGUGGUGCACGCCCACUGAUGCGCUACUGUGCUCACUCCACCGAAGCCCCUCCCAUUCCUCCCUUUCUUCCUCCAUACUGUUGUACUUUAGCCAGUCACUACAAGAGGCAAUAUCUAUACGCUCUAGAUCUGCGCUAGCUCGCGUUUCUCGCUCCAGAUGUUUGUUUUGGUUUGCUCUUCCCCUGAAGGCUGGCACGGCUCAUCAAGACGCCCCUACUCCAGAGCAGAACCUGCUCUUUAGCUUUGCAGAGCUGUCAUUACAACACCCUGACAUAGAAAUAACAGAGGGAGGGGGGUCUGCCAUCGCAAAUAAUCUAAUCUAACCCUCAAGGUGAUUGCAUGUCUUUAUCAGCUUCACACUUUUCUCCUCCUUGUGCUUCGUGGCAAAAAAACAAAUGAAUUGGUGAAAGACGCUUCUGUGGCUCAGUGUAAUGGGGACCAGCCGAUUGUAGCUCGCUGCUUAUUAUCCCUCCUUCAAAUCCUGAGUGAUUUUUCUUGAUAAGCCCACAGGAGGAGUCAGCUUUGAUUUGUGCUUGCUCAUAGCAGUUAUGUUAAUGCUUUUUCAAUAUACCCAGAUAAACAGUUUGUUCCAUAAAGACAAUGUUCUCGUCUUUAAAGGACAUUUAAUUUGUCCACCUUUCACAGGGCGUGGAAAUAAAAUAGCAGAUUUCAAUCCAUAAUUGUCUCCUUUAAUCACCAAAAUUCCCUGAACCCAAGAGGAUCGUCAAACCUCCAUUAGAACCGAGGACUCGGCAUGUGUCUAAAGCUGCAUAAUGUUUUAUUAUGGGAUGGGAAUGGGCAGGGAGAACCGUUGUCCAGUUUUUUUUCUUUGCGGCUGUCCUCCCCCUCCCUCGUUUUUCCUGAAUAAACCUGAUUAUUGAUUGUCUUGUCUUAAAAGUACUGGUUUUUAUUUGGGGUUUUUUUUUGGUCACAGUUGGGAUGAUGUACUACUGUAUCUUGGUCUGAAUAAAGUAACACAAAUCUG